CGUCUAUUUGAACGAUGAGAAGCGGGCUCGCCGACAUUCGAGAGGGAAACAAAGAAACGAGGAACAUCACGGUUCCGCUGGACACAAAACUGGAAUAAUUACGUUUAUCCUCAACCCUACAGCUGGACAGUCUUCAAAGGUUUCCGUCAUGUCGCACAAACAGAUCUACUACUCUGAUAAAUACGACGAUGAAAAAUACGAGUACAGACAUGUAAUGUUACCCAAAGAUAUUGCAAAGCGUGUACCCAAGACCCACUUGAUGUCUGAGACCGAGUGGAGGAACCUGGGGGUCCAACAGAGCCAAGGAUGGGUGCAUUACAUGAUCCACCAGCCAGAGCCUCACAUCUUGCUGUUCCGACGCCCUCUGACCUGCCAGAAGUCAUAAGGGAGAUAUUCUGCAGGUCCUUGAAGAUCAGCCUGACUUGCGCGCCACAGAUGGACUCAUCAAAUUAGGGAUCAUUCUGUCAGAUCUUGUCUUGAGUGGUAGGUGACUAGCGACUUGGGCUGAUCAUGUUGGACCUGGAGAAGGACUAUUGCAUUUAUGAACAGUGGUUGUUGAAUGGAGUAUGUAUUGAAGGAAAAAAAAAAUCACAGCCCUUCUCUUAGGGAUAAGACUUUUUCAUGACACACUGUCUGCCAGAAACCUUCAAAUCAGCUCACACUGUCCAUUUUGACUUCACCUACAUGUUGAACCUGCUUGGAUAAUCCAGCUUUGUAGAACAACUGCUGUAAGAUGUGCGGAGUGAGACUUGUUCAAACAUAAAGUAAUUUAAAGGAGUGCAUUCUGGGUCAUACUCGGGUUAGAACACAGGUCGGAUGUAAUAGGUGGGUGCUACAUUUGCUUUUGGCUCUGGAACGUCAAACUGCGGUUUAAAGUGACAUGUUGCUGCUUGGUUUAAAUGACACUGAAAAUUGGCAUUUAACAUUUUUUUGUCAUGUACAUGGAAGAUCGCAUCUAAAAAGGUAGCUUUGAUCCCCUUUCAGUAAGAGCGUUUGAAAUCAGCUUUGACUUAAAAAAAAAAAAAAAAAAAUCUCUUAGGUGGGUCCAGUGAGCUGCUCAGUAUUUGAGUGUGUUGCCCUAACUGAAAUAAAUGUAAACUUUUAAAUGGUAUUAAUGUGGGUCUCUGGUGUGGCAGUAAGUGUGCUUUACCACUGCUGUAUGAUUACACACGGCCACUGAAAACUGGUGAAAGUAGAAAAGAAAAUUAUUUAUAGCUUUGAUGGCAGACACCAAAUCUAAAAUUUGCUCUUGUAUAAUAAACCCAGAUGAAA